UUAUUAGAAAUAAAACUUUUUACUGAAUUGUAUGUUGUAAAAAAUAGUUUUUUUUCAGUAAUAUGUCGAGUAUCAUUGUUUUAAUAUAACUUAAUUCCGAAAAUUCUAACACUAUCUUAUUUAUUAAGGAAAAAGCAAAACAGCUGUCUUUAUUGUUUAUCAUUUUGAAAAAGGAUUAUUUUUAAAUAUAUUUUAUUGGAAUAAAAAUAUGUGCGAAAUUGAAACAUGUAAAUAGCAAAUGUUUAGUGAAAAGUUGAAACAUGAUUGUCAAAACUAUAGAUUUUCAAUGAAGUAUUUAAUUUAAAAUAAUUGUAAAACUAAUGAAGUUUUGGAGUAAAAAUGACGCACAUUCGAGUCGGCAGUUUACGCUGCAUAUUGAUUUUAUUAACAACUACACUUGUUGCUAACGGAGAUUUACAAAAUUUCAUUGAAUUACAGCAUAGACGAAAACAUUUACCUGAUACUAAAUUUGGAUCAGAUGACUAUGCUGAACUUUUAGAUAAUAAUGAACCAGAGCUAGCGGAAAAUGAUCCCAAUUGGAGUAAAAUACCAGUGAGAGAUGUUGAAUUAUAUCCCAAUAAACCAUUAAUUUCUGAAUCUAUUCAAACGAAUCAACGUUCUACAUUUGAAUCAGAUAUAAAAUGGGAUAAAAAUUGGACUCCGGAAUUGAACUAUGGACAACUGUCAGGUGUUGACUUAGAUCCAAACGGUAACAUAGUUAUUUUUAGUAGACGUGAAAUAGUAUGGGGCCAAGAUACUUUUGACUAUGGAAAUAAAUUUAAUCGAGCGUACGGACCUAUCAAACAUAACACAAUAAUAAUAUUUGACAAAAGUGGUAAAGUUAUAUUAGAGUGGGGUAAAAAUAUGUUUUAUCUCCCACAUGGUUUAACGAUCGAUCAUAAUGGAAACUAUUGGUUAACGGAUGUCGGACUGCAUCAAGUAUUCAAGUUUGAUGGAAAAGACAUCAAAAACAAUUGGGAGUUUUUGAAAAAUAUUCAAGAUAAAACUGAACUUGACAAUUCUGCUCCUAUUAACGAUCAGAACUUAUUCAACAACAGUAUUAUUAAGCCUACAUUAAUAUUAGGGGAAGCAUUUGUGCCAGGGAAUGAUAACGAAAGGUUUUGCAAGCCAACGGGUGUUGCUGUUACUAACAAUGGAGAUUUUUUUGUGAGCGAUGGAUAUUGCAAUUCACGAAUUAUAAAAUUCAACAGCAGAGGAGAGAGAAUACAAACUAUUGGCCGGACUUUGAUUAUGAGUAGUUAUUUUAAGUCACCUUACGCAUUUUCUGUACCUCAUGCAUUAGCACUUGAUGAUGAUAUGAAUUAUUUAUAUGUUGCUGACCGAGAGCACGGCAGAGUUCUCUGUUAUUAUGCCCAAAAUGGAACCUUCCACAAAGAAUUUGAAAAUUCUGUUAUUGGGACUAAAAUUUACAGUAUUGCUUAUGCAAGACAACAUCUUUAUAUUGUUAAUGGAGCAGAUCCAUUUUCUUACACUAAAUUUCAUAUUCGAGGGUUCGUUAUUGAAGUUAAUUCGGGAGACGUUGUUGCAGAAUUCGGUCCUAAUAAUGACAUGCUUGGACCCCAUGAUAUUGCUGUUUCUGAUGAUGGCGGUGAAAUAUAUGUCAUUGAAUUGAAUAGUAAUGCGACAUACAGAUUUUUACAAGAUAUUCACCCGAAUCGUUCAGUAAGAAUCAAUUCAUCGCAAACCACAAAAUCUACAGAUUCAGCAGCAACAGGUCAUCAUAAUAAUGUUCCUCUGACAAGUGAUAAUUUAAGUGAUAAACUGUCGACUCACAUGAGUUUAUCGAUACUAAUAUUGACGAUUAUCGUCAGUGUGAUGACUUUUAUUGGUCUUUGCGUAGGCGUUGCAGCAGUUGUAGCGAGAUGUCAAAAAAGAGGAUGCUUGUUGUCCGUUCGUAAAAGAGGUUACUGGGCAAAUGACAGUAAAGAUAAUUUUAAAUUAUCAAGUUUACUAAAUACUAGACAAAAUAAAAAUUUUAGAAUUUUCGAUAAAAGACCAAGUACACGUGACUUCAGUAAAUUGAAUACAGAACCCGAAACAACAGAUGAUGAACAUGUGGAAGAUAACCUUAUUAUAUAAUUUCACUGAGAACAGUCCGACAGAAAAAAAUUUAUUUCCUUUAUAAAUAACAUAAACUGCGAUGUGACAUUUACUGUAUUUAAAAAAAAAUUAUUUAUGUUCUUACCGUCGAAAUAUUGAUUCAAAUAUACUGGUAAAAAAGUUAACUUGAUUCAAGAAAAAUAAUUUUAAAGUGAGAAAAUUAUUUUUAAAAAUAACUGGCCGUUUUGCUUGAAUAAUUUAUUCUCUUGGUUUCUACAUUCUUGGAUUAGAAUAUUGCUACUUUCAGUCGAUAACAUGGUUACUUGAUUGAAUAGAAUAUUAUCUUUAGUCAAUGUGAUCAAAUUUUUUAAACGGAAGUUUUCUUGAGUUAAUUAAUUCAGAACAUAAUAUUUGAGACUUUUUGCAAACUGAUAGAAAAACUAUCUUUGUUCAAGAGGAAUAAUCUUGAUCUGAAAAACCUAUUUUGGAGAAAAUCAUUGUUUUGCUCUGAAAAUUUUUUAACUUGGAACUCAUUUUCUUAGCUUAAGAAAAAAUUCGAGAUUUUCAAUUUAAAAUAUAUCAUCU